AUGCCUGCGACACUUAGGAGGACGCUGUUGCUGGCCCUGUGGGCCGGCAGCCUGGUUUCCAGCUCCUGGGGAGCUGAUCUACCUACUACCGAUAUGGUAGCCUCUCACCCUGCUAUCACUCCUGCUCCGGUAGCAGGAGCCUGGCUGGCUGAGUCGGAUUCUGCCGCCAUUGAGCAUGAGGUGGAUGAAGACAAGCACGGCCGGCUGGUGGCCAGAAAGCACAAAAAGAAGACGAGCAAGAAGUCGAGCAAGACAAGCAAGAAGUCAAGUAAGACGAGCACAAAAUCCAAGUCUAAGACUUCUACCUUGACCAAGGACACGACUACCCACACGACGAGCACCAAAUCCAAGACUUCUACCUCGACCAAGACCUCUACCUCGACCUCGACCAAGGACACGGCUACUCACACAACAAGCACUAAAACGCCCGAGUCUCACAGUACCUCAACCUCGACCAAGGAUACAUCUACUUCCACGAGUACCAAGACACCUGAGUCACAUAGCACCUCGACCUCGACCAAGGCCACACCUACGCAUACGACCAGCACCAAGACACCCGAGGACCACAGUACCUCGACCUCGACCAAGGCCACACCUACGCAUACGACCAGCACCAAGACACCCGAGGACCACAGUACCUCGACCUCGACCAAGGCCACACCUACGCAUACGACCAGCACCAAGACACCCGAGGACCACAGUACCUCGACCUCGACCAAGGCCACACCCACGCAUACGACCAGCACCAAGACACCCGAGAACCACAGUACCUCGAGAAGUGCGACUCACGAGACCUCUGCGUCAGGAGGCCAGUUUGUGCAAACUCCCACUCCAGGGACAUCAACACGGACAGCCUCGGAGGGGUCUGCGGCAGGCACUUCUACUCAUAGCCAUACCACGAGUCCAGGGUCUUCUGCUACAGGAAGUCAUACCCAUACGUCGAGCACCGAAUCCCAUCAUUUGUCCUCCAGCGCUGCACACCACCAUACAAGCACAGGAUCUGAGCAUCCGACUUCCACUCCCGAGUCCCACUCUGCAUCGCACUCUGCAACCCACUCGGGAUCGCACUCGGGAUCGCACACGGCAUCGCACACGGCAUCGCACACGGCAUCGCACACGGCAUCGCACACGGCAUCGCACACGGCAUCGCACACCACAACCUCGAGCUCUGCACACGUAACUAGUAGCGGUGCCGCCGAGACCUCAUCACAUGCAGUGUCAUCUUCUAAGCCGGUCAUUUCUUCGGGUAUUGCGACUUCUACAAGUGCUACCCCCGUUAGCUCUGAAGCUGCUCAACCGACUGAUGAUGGUUCGGGCGACGACGGCGAUGACGGAGAGGAUACCGGAG